AUGAAUUUACCACAUACAUUAGUCUCGUCAAUUGUUUUAGAAACACAUUCAGAAAUCGGUUCACUAACAGAAGACUUUAAUCAACUUCAAACGUUUUAUCAAAGUGAAAAGGAUUAUGAAAUCAAAAUAAAAAAUACGUUUGAAACAAAUGAACUUGUUCUUGAAAAUACUGAUAAUAUAGACGAUAAUGAAGAAACACAAUAUUUCGAUAAUCAAGUCCUUACCUCAUCACAAAUCAAAAAAUUUCAAAAAAUAUUUUUAAAGAGUACUAUUAAAGAAAAUAAUGAAGAGCAAGAA